UUAUUUAUGUCUUAAACAAGAAAAACAACACUUUUGUCGUCAAUUGUCUCGAGAAAUGUCUUCUUUUCUUUCGACUUCUUUGCCGCCGCCGAAACACGUGACGUCACAGUCACGUCCUGUCGCUGUUGCCGUGACUUCAUCCGCAGUCGCCACUUGCGAUUCCCGUAUUCCGCCAUACGGUAGUAGAUCCGGAUGGAUUCCUCGAUGUCAAUUGGAUUUCGGCUCAGAUGGUGGUGCAUUUCCCGAAAUACCAAUCGCACAGUUCCCGUUAGAUAUGGGACGCAAAGUCGAUGUCACGAGUAAUGCAUUGUCUGUUGAAUUGGAUUCACGCGGAGAAAUCAAAUUCGACGCUUUAUUACGUCAGGGAGCGUCCAUUCAAGACAAAGUCAUUUAUCAUAAACUACAAGAUCUGUUACCACAAGAAGUUCGCGACGAUUCGGUUCUUGAAAAACCAGACGAAGAAUUCAUUAAUAAAACAACUGAAGAGACGAGACUUGCUUUACAAAGAUUAACUCAAACCAAGAUCUCGGCCGCACUUCCCGUCAGACAUGCGGACAAAACGGGAUCAGCUCAGUAUAUUCGAUACACACCGUCGGGUUCGGGAGCGGAUUUCGGUUCGGGAUCUGAACAGCGAAUAAUUCGUUUGGUUGAAGUACAAAGAGAUCCAUUGGAACCGCCGAAGUUCAAAAUCAAUCAGAAGAUCCCUCAAGCGCCUCCUUCGCCACCGCCACCGGUCAUGCAUUCACCGACGCGUAAGGUGUCUGUUCGGGAACAACAGGAAUGGCGUAUUCCUCCGUGUAUUUCGAACUGGAAGAACGCAAAAGGAUAUACCAUUCCUUUAGACAAACGUUUGGCGGCCGAUGGGCGUGGUUUACAACAAACACAUAUAAACGAGAAUUUCGCGAAACUUUCUGAAGCUCUUUACGUUGCGGACAGAAAAGCGAGAGAAGCCGUCGAAAUGAGAGCUCAAAUGGAACGCAAAUUAGCGCAAAAGGAAAAGGAAAAAAAAGAAGACCACUUAAGGGCUUUGGCUCAACGCGCUCGGGAAGAACGCGCCGGUAUUCGGGCCGAAUCUCCCGACGGAACACACGAUGAACGCGAAAGACAUAACAUUCGUCACGAAAGACAUAAAGAUCGACAACGAGAACGCAAUUUGCAGAGAGCAGCGCCUGACAAACGGUCGCGUCUUGAAAGACAACGUGAACGUGAUAUCAGCGAACAGAUUGCUCUGGGAGUGGCUAAUCCACGCUCAGGACAGUCAGAAGUUCAGUUCGAUUCGCGAUUAUUCAAUCAAUCGAAAGGACUUUCCAGUGGAUUCGCAGAAGAAGACGAUUAUGGCGUUUAUGAUAAACCGUGGCGUUCCAACCAAGUCGUCUCACAAACACUUUAUAGACCGUCAAAAACGGCAAAUGAAGAUCUGUUGACCAACGAUGACAUCGACGCGUUGGCCAACACUCAACGCUUUGUUCCCGACAAAGAGUUUUCCGGAACAGACAGAAAUGCCAGACGCGAUGGACCCGUGCAGUUCGAAAAACAGGAAGAAGAAGAUCCGUUUGGUUUGGAUAAAUUCUUGACUGAAGUGAAAAAAUCAAGUAAAAGAACUGAAGAGUCAUCAAUGGAUCCGAAAAAUAGUCACAAAAGACGCAAAGAUUAAAUAAUUUUCAUUUUUUAAAUAAAUUCAUUGAAAACACUUUGAGAGCCAUCUGUCGUUCAAUUAUUGU